GCCGCCACGACGUCGGUGGUGUCGUCUUCAGUGUCGUCGAAGGGUGGGAGGCGGUGCGCUGGAGGUCGUCCGCGGCCCUGGGAUUUGGCCGCCGUGCGUCAGCUAAUCACCAGCUCUCUGUGUGUGGGUGUGUGAAUUGUAAAAAUCUUUGAUUCUUUUCUGCGUUGGCCGUCAACCUAUAUAAGUAGGGCUCCGGUCGAUCCCCUUCCUCCUCUGCCCAGUCACUGUCCACACACAUUUGUAGUUUUGUACCACCCCUCUCUCAUCCAAAGGAGCGCUAGACAAGCCCCGCACUGUGCUGUGGUGCUCCAUCUAGCUCGCCUUUUCGCCUAGCUUAGCUUAGCUUCCAAAUCUGCUCCACGGCUCCAGCAGCAGCAGGAGGAGGAAAAUAUCUGUGCGUCUCCGAGAGCCAGAUCAUCCAUGGAGAAGGACAUCCACAAGGAGGGGGAGGGGGCGACGGCGUGGAUGACGGUGCCGGCGUUCGGGGACUGGGACAUGAAGAACGGCGCCAUGCCGGACUACUCCAUGGACUUCUCCACGAUCCGGGAGAUGCGCAAGCAAAACAAGAAGGAGCUCUCCCGCGCCAGCCUCGGCGGCGACGACGACCUCCUCGCCCACCACAAGCAGCAGCAGCAGCAGCAGCCAUCCAGGCCCCCCCCCCCCAGCCCACGGAGGUGGCCGCGAUGCCCGGAAUGUUGGAGGCGCGCGCAUCGAGGGAGCUCGAGAUGCGGGGGAUUCUACUGGAUAGGAUAGAUGGGGGCGCGGUAGAGGAACCGUCAUGUUCUCGUGUGAAUAGGAUAGAUCGACUUACAGAGGGAGUGCGGGUUGAAUACCUAAAAAU